AUGGUCUCAACGUCGACCCCCCGCGCUACGGACACUACCGAGUCCAUCGAUAUCACCCUGGUGCCGCCUACCAUUGCCACUUCAAUAAACGGAGAUGCGGCGGAGGCAUCUAACCAUGCUCCUGAGAUCCUGGCUCAACCUGGCCAGCAACGGAGCAAGUUUAAAAUGUUUUCGAUAAUGACGGCUCUCUUUUCUGCCACCUUCAUCUCUGCUCUUAACACGACUAUCGUGGCCACUGCAAUACCUACGAUUUGCGCGGACCUCGACUCAGCGGUCGGGUACUCUUGGGUCGGAGCUGCAUAUGUCAUUGCAACGACUGCUGUUGGCCCCGUUUGGACCAAAUUCUCAGAUAUAUGGGGCCGCAAGCCGAUUUUAUUGACGGCCGUUGCUCUAUAUUUUGCAAGCUCCAUGAUUUGUGCCCUCUCGACCAGCAUGGGCAUGCUCAUUGUCGCCCGUGCCUUGCAAGGCGUAUCUGGAGGCGGUGUAGGCUCUCUCAUCAACGUUGUCAUCUCAGACAUGUUUAGUAUGAGGACACGGCCGCUCUUCCUCGGGCUUCUCCAAGUGACCUGGGCUGUCGCUGGGGGUAUUGGCCCCGUUCUCGGGGGUGCCUUUACACAAUAUUUGUCGUGGAGAUGGAUAUUCUGGAUCAAUCUUCCCGUUUGUGGAGUAGCUUUCGGUCUCUUACUCCUCUUCUUGGACGUCCAUGACCCGAAGACCAGAUUCGUCGACGGUAUCAAAGCAGUAGAUUGGGCUGGAAGCUUUUCUCUCAUAGGCUUGAUGGUUAUGGUGCUGCUGGGUUUGAAUUUCGGAGGGGCAACCUUUCCCUGGGAUUCCCCAAAGGUCCUAUGCCUCAUCGCGUUUGGUAUUCUGGUGGCUAUCUUCUUCCUUUUCAAUGAGGCACGACUUGCACAGCAUCCGGUGAUGCCUCUUGGCGUCUUCCGCCAGAGAUCCAAUGCUGCAUGCUUGAUCAUCGGUUUUAUUCAACAUUUCGUACUUAAUGCUGCAGAGUAUUACCUUCCACUGUACUUCCAGUCCGCGAAAGAGGCGUCUCCUCUCUACUCUGGAGUCCUUCUUCUUCCACUGAUAAUGAUUGAAGCCGCCGCUGCCACAGCCUCCGGAAUCUUUAUCCAUCGAUUGGGCCGAUACUUAGACCUUAUAUGGUUGGGAGUGCUUUUCAUGACUCUCGGUAAUGGAUUAUAUGUGUACCUCGGUGCGACAACAUCCAUAGGGUCAAUUGCCGCGUUCCAGCUGGUGGCCGGUUUUGGCAUCGGCCUUCUAUUCGACCCUCCUCUGAUCGCCCUUCAAGCCCUCGUAUCCCAGGACGACACGGCAACAGCCACGGCAACUCUUGGUUCCAUGCGUGGUCUUGGUGUGGCUCUUUCAAUCAUCAUCGGCGGCGUUAUUUUCCAGAAUGGCAUCCAACUUCAGAGUUCGAGCCUGAGGGCACAUGGCCUGUCGGCAGAUCUGGUCGAGGAGCUUGCAGGCCCAAACGCUGCCACCAAGAUCAAUCUCAUCAACACAAUCUCCGACCCGGCGCAGAAAUUAGCAGUCAAACAAGCCUUCGCAUGGAGCUUGAGGAACCUUUGGAUUACAUGUACUGGAAUGGCAGCGAUUGCUGUGGUCGCCAGCUCUCUCAUCACGAAGAAGGAGCUUGCAAGGGAGCAUGUUGAAACCCAGACAGGGAUCAGAAAGGAGAAACAGAAUGCAGGAUCGGAUGCUGCAAACAGGGACGAUGCCCAGGAAAUUCGAGCGUAG